AUGCUGCUGGUUCCUGGCUCGCCGGGCGGCCCCCGAGCAAGCCUGCCUCCCUCCCCCGUGCGAGUCCUGCAGGACCGGCUCUCUCGGGCAGGUUACUUCCUAGGGAGGUUCAUCCAGGAACGCCGGGUUUUAUGGGCUAUCCGGCAGAGAAAUCGUGUUCAAGUUGGCUGUCGGGAACUGAGAUCCACCAAGUACAUUUCAGAUGGCCAGUGCACCAGCAUCAAUCCACUGAAGGAGCUGGUGUGUGCUGGUGAAUGCCUCCCUUUGCCACUGCUCCCCAACUGGAUUGGAGGAGGUUAUGGAACCAAGUACUGGAGCAGGCGGAGCUCGCAAGAGUGGAGAUGUGUCAAUGACAAAACUCGCACCCAGAGGAUCCAGCUUCAGUGCCAGGAUGGAAGUAUAAGAACCUACAAAAUAACUGUGGUCACAGCCUGCAAGUGCAAGCGAUACACCAGGCAGCACAAUGAGUCCAGCCACAACUUUGAGGGAACCUCUCAAGCAAAACCUAUCCAGCAUCACAAAGAGAGGAAAAGAGCCAGUAAAUCCAGCAAACAUAGUACAAGUUAGAAGUCAGACAUUCUCUCCUCUCUCAUCUCCCUCUCCUCCUGCCAAAAUUGAACUCACCUGUAACCAUUUGCUUUACCGUUCUGACUGCUUAAAGACAAGUCUGCCAUUGCUGUGUUCUCAGUUGACACUACAUGCUUAUUGCUUUGACCAAAAUCAAAAGGGGCAUUCUCAGCAUAUGGACCUUUUGGGUGAUUUUCCAAAUGCUCAAGAUGGGGAGUAACACAAGCCUUCCAAACCCACACUAUAAACUUUUACAUUUUCUCCAGCCAUGGAGGCAAAGAAAAUUUGCCAUGAAUAUUCACUGAAGUCUAUUUUGUAAAAAGAUGCUUUGUGGUGUGUUUUCAUGAGAACAGUUAAUUAUCACAUCUAUUGCCUUCUAUAUCAUGUUUUAUGACCUUCUAACAACAGCUUAAAAAUACAACACCUAGUAUCUGCUUUCAGAUUCAUUCUAAAAAAAAUGCCUUGCAUGCUGACCUUUCUUUUAUCUCAAUAUACCAAAAAUUAAAAUAUGCAUGGCAGCAAUCAAAAAGUAAAGCUGAACAAACUAUUUAUUUGUUGUUGUAAUUAUUUAAUGAGCUUUUAUGUGUGUUAUUUCCCUCCAAAAUGUUCUUAUGUUUAUAGCUUUUCUCAUGUAUCAAAAUAUUUUCCUAUGAUUUGUGGCUGGAUUAGAACAUACGUUUUGUAGAUAAUGUAAAAUAGACAUUUUAGCAUUCUUGGUAUAUAUAUAUUUUCAUUUUGAACAUUCAUAGACUUAGGUGUUAUUUUGAAGUAGCAACAUAAAAAUUGUUUUUUUCAUUCUCCGCUCUGUAUUAUUUUUGUUCAAAAGUGUGCAAUCAAAAGACAGGUAUGAUGACUUCCUUUCAAAUUAAUUGGUUCCUUUUUUUUUUUUUUUUUUUUUACAAAAUAAACACUGCUAAAAAA